ACUCAAAACUGAAGUGGCCUAAUUGAGUGCGAGAAUCAAUUGGUGCUGAAAAAAAUAUCGACUUAGCGGUGUUAUCGACUAAUCCGAUAUCGUCUUGGCGAGAGUGGACUGUAAAACGCUCUAAUUACCCGACUGGGAUAUUCGCGCAUGGAUGAUGGGAGAUGAGACGCGCCAUGUGGCAGGGGAGCAUUGUUUUCCGACUUCAAAGAUAUCUCAUCAUCAUUCUUUUCGUGAGCGCUUCCGUGCAUUGAGUAUUGAAUACAGUCGCUACUCUCCACAACCACACACAUACACGACUAUCGGACGACAAACAAACAAACUCGCCCCCCACAGCCACAGCCUCGACCUCACCCAGCGAGCUUCGGCCCCUGGAAUGCGCAUCACCGCCACCUCACCCUCCUCACCCUCCUCGCCCUAAACCCCCAUCACCCACACAAUGGCCGACGCCCCCGAAGUCUACCAGGCUCCUCCCCAAGGCUCCCCUCACGCCGCGCACACGGGCCCUUACUACGGCGGUCCGCGUCCCGAGUCCGAGGGGUUACAAGUGCACAGCGUGUAUGUCGAGAACUGCAAUAAGGCGCCUUACCCCGAUAACCCUGCACUUGGGCCUCAGCAACCGUAUCAGCAACCAUACCAACAGCAGCCAUAUCAGCAGCCGCCGCAGCAGCAGGGGCAGUACAUCAACUCCCCCCCACAGAUGCAGUAUGCGGAGAAUCAACCGGGUGGUUUACUCCAGGCUGCGCCGUACGCGACGCAACCUGAUGAGAAGGGGGGGAAGAAGCGGAUCUGUGGACUCUCGGUGGUGGUGUUCUGGUGUCUCAUCGUCGCAGCGGUGUUAAUUGUCGCGGGCGCCGUGGUGGGUGGUGUGGUGGGGAGUAAGAAGGCAAAGGAUUCGAAGGGGGCUGGUUCGUCGUCGUCGGUUUUGGUGUCGGCGGGUUUGACGGGUACGCCGACUGCGACGACGGGGCUUACUUCAACGGAUACAACGACGACCGCGAUGUUCGAUGAGGGGAUCUUCUACCGCCUCUCGAACCAAUAUCUCAAGGCCGGCUACUCCCUCGACAUCCAUAACGACAACGGCACCCUCUCUCGCAAGCUUAACAUGAUGAUCAGGGGGGACACGAGCGGACAGUACUGGCAGAUCAAGAAAGUCCCCGAUGCAGACGAGCGGUACUGGUUCGCGUGCCAGUACCUCGGGAAGGACAUCCGAUUGUUUCUGGAUCCGUCGGAUCGCAUCAGCCCGCUGAUGGCGACGGCGGAUGAUACGGCGACGGGGCAGCAGUGGAAUAUUAGGAGCGUGCUGGACGGGACGUGGAGGAUUAGUAAUGCGUUGGAGAGUGCGGGGGCGCAGCUGAGUACGUAUAGUGAUACGCAUGACUUGUUUAUGGAUAUGGAGGAUGAUCUAGGGACGGAGUGGAGUAUUGCAGAGGCGAAGAAGAUUUCGGCGGGUGAUGGGUUUUUGUAGAGGGGGGG